AUGCAUAUGCACUACUUCCUCGACAUCGUACUUUUCACUACUACUCUAAUUACCGUUACCUCAGCCCAUGGCGUGAUUACUAGUGCAACGGGUGAUGCCGGUGGUCAAGGAACUGCUCUUGCUGUUGAUGCUGCGACUCCCCGGGACGGCACCCGCCGCCGCCCCUUCCAGCAAGAUACCACAGUCUUCGAAGAGGAAGACGAUGACGAAGGAGUAGCACGAACUGGCUGUGGUAUGACCCUCCAAGCCGGGGAAAUCAACAUCCCAACCGCCAUGCAAUCUGUGAUCACCCAGAACGGUGGCCUCCCCCAAGUCUCACCGGGCGGUGAACUCACCAUGACACUGCACCAAGUGAAUGGGGACGGGGCGGGACCAUACGAGUGUAUGAUCGAUCAGACAGGCACUGGCGCGUCGUUCACUCCCAUGACUGUCACACAGAACGUUCCGGGACAGGAUGGGAGGGAUAGAGAUGGAAGUGAGACCGAUUUUCCGCUUGUAGCACAGAUGCCGGCGAAUAUGGCCUGCACAGGAACUGCUGGUGCGAUGACGGGUAUCUGUAUGGUUCGGUGCCAGAACCCUGCCAACGCCGGGCCGUUCGGUGGAUGUACGAACUUCCUCUAUCCACCCUUGCUGCCUCGAGAAAACUAA